GCCGCAGUUGCAGGGGGUGGUUGCAGACGCAGCUUGCUUCAAUGUGCUGGAACAGACAACGUGUAGGAAGAGUGAAGCUGGAUCUCUCUCGAGAGAGUGACAGAUCAUGGCCAGUCGGUGGCGAGACGGUCCUCGCGGUCAUCCAGGAAACCCCACCGGUGUCCUGAAUACGGCGCGAAUGCCCCACCAACAAGAACCGGUCGGAGAGACGGGGGACGCGGUGGAGUCGCUCCGGGAGCUGCCGCGAUGGAUGCGGCUUUACUUCUACGGGAUGCACGGCGUGACUCUGGAUGUCCUGCUCUCAUCGGUACAGGGGUUUUUAAAUCAUCGAGACCCUAAAAUGGUGGGCUUUUCCUCUCCGUAUCUUUGCAUUAUGCAUUCACUGACCCACUUUGUGCUGGAGACGAUUUACUCACAGAAGAGGUGUUUCCGAGGUCGGCCUGUGGUGUUUCAUCUUGUUUUCUACCCGUCUGUCUACAUCGGGCUGCAGAUCCUUAUCGGGAACAUCAACACUUUGCCCGAGCACGUGCGGGUGGUAUCUGGCACGCAGCUGGUCGUGCACUACAUUCUGUCUCUCUAUUUCGCCCUGGUGUUCCACAGAGGACUGUCAAGGCUGCAGUACCACCGCUCCUGCACCCCCGACAGCCCGAGCGAACUCGGCCCGGAGGACACAGGUCAUGAUCGGGGGCCUCUUCGCGGUCUCCCCGGCUUCGUGCGUUUCUUGAUCUUUGGGAUGCAAGGCUUUCUGGACGAGGUGAUUUUCACCUCCAUUUUCAACCUCGUGGAGAAGUCUGACCGGAGCCUCAGCGGCCACACGUCCCUGUGGUCCUUCCUGAUGUACGGGAGCUGCAGCUUCGUGGUGGAGAAGCUCUACCUUCACUUGCACUACAGCAGAGGCUGGGGGACGUGGCGGCGGCUCCCCAUCUACAUCUGCUUCAUCUACGCCUGGGAGUUCUCCUGGGGUCUGGUCCUGAGGCAGUUUGGCGCCUGCUCCUGGGACUACUCCCAUUAUCCUCACAACUUCAUGGGACUCAUCACCCUCCUCUACUUGCCCGGCUGGGCCUGCCUCAGUUUGUACCAGGACGUGCUGUCUAAUGUCCUGCUGAGAGUCAAGUGCACCAAAGAUGUGAAUGGUUUGAGUGAGGAGAAUGGAGAAGUCAAUGGACCAGUGGAGUCAAAGAAAAAACGACUUUAAUUUGUAUUCAGAUCGGGCUGAUUUAACUGGAAAAGAUGUAAAUGUUGAUAUUUAUUAAAAAAAAAAAAAAAAAAAAAGGGCAAGAAGUGACUCUUUGGACAGUUGGUCAGCAAUGUGACAACAGAUGUUGAGAUGUUGAAUGUAGGAUUCAACAUUUUAUGCAGCUCAUGUUUUCAGUAAGUUUAGAGUCUUGAUACUUUGGAGUCUAUUCACUUAUUACCAGUAUGCAGAUGAGACAGUUGUUGACUCUGCUGCGCCUAAUAUCUCUGGGUCCAGUGAUAAAGAUAAAACACAACUGAGGACCAUGAUACACCAAACCUGUGUAAAUGCAGUUAACCUACUGCCAUUUUAUCUAAAAUAUAGUUUUAAUAUGAAUAUUUUUCAAGUCUACAAGACUUUGGUAAUUCUGUUUUUUAAAUGAUUGCAGUGGCAGACUUGCCAUCUUAUACAUUACAUUCCUAUAAAUUACAUUCUUAUACAUUACAUUCCUAUACAUUACAUUACAUGCAUUGUAGCAGGUCUAGUUUGAGUUGGAUCGAUUAUGUCAUUUACAUAAAUAAAUUGAAUUGAAAAAUUGAAUAACCAUUGGCAUGCUUUAGCUCAUAUCUGCAUGCUGAAAAUAAAAUAUGGAAGGUUUAUGGAUUAGACAUGAUGAUAUUCAUAGUCAGUAUUUCUAAGACAAGGUCAAAAACAACUGGGCAUUAACCUCUUUUUCAAUGUUGAUUCAUAUUUUAAAACAAACUCCCUAUUUUCACCCAUCUUGUUAAUACGACCCUCGACAAUUGCAUGACUACUAUUUGCAUGACAACUAAUAGAGCAGGAAUAAACCCGGUAAUAAAUGUAGCAAGAAAACCUGUAGCUGAAUGGAUACGAGGAGCAGAGUGCGAUACUACUGUGAAUCUUUUAUGAACCAAGCAUUACUUUGCUGGAGUGCCUUCCUUUGCAUGCAGACUCAAGAAACAAGGCUCGGUGUCCAUGAGGCUCCUCUUGAUAGAUUAGAAGCACAGCAAUGAUUUGUAAAUGAUCAUUAUAAAAUGUUUUCACCUUCAGCAUUAAUGACGGUCUCAGUCAGAGAGGUGGCGUUUGUUCCAUUAUCAGAAUAACCGGUUACACCAGAAUGAUGCACAUUUAAUUACAGCUGAUCACAUUUACAGAUUUCUGUAUCCAACACAACAAAAACAGGUUUUUAGUUAAGUAUUCCCUAAAUAUACUCCAGCUGUGUAUACAGAGCAUAUUCUGACACCAACAUUUGCUUUACAGUAGUCUUAUGCCUUAUUAACAGACUAAUCUAAGUACCUUGCACUGUGACCAAACAAAUGGUACAUUUAGCCAUCUUGUCUCCUCCACACAAGUAACUUCAUUAGGUUUACAUCAGUUUGCCGUUUGCAUUGCCAGCAGGUGAUCCGGUUUCACUCCCACAUUAGCAUUUUAACUUUCUGCUGGAAUCAAUCCGGUCAUUUAUGAAUCCACCCUUUAAUCAUGUCUUCAUAAUUAGAAAAUAUUUUGUACUAAUCACAACUCUGAAUUCUGAUAAUUAGUUGUUAAGAUAUUGUAGGAAUGAGUAGUAUUUUCUGAAUGUUUGGAUAAGCUUGUGAUUUGCUGAAUGCAAAGCGUGAGUGAAUUUUAAAGCCUUUUUGGGUCUGUUUUGAGGGUUCAGUAAACCGAGUAAAAUACUUAAAUACAGGGCAAAAGUAAUCGGUAAAUUCCCUUGCAUGUUGUCAGAGCAACCUUGAAAUUGUUGCACUUCAUUUCUGAAGUUAUAAUAGAAUCAUUCACUUUGGAUUCUUCAAAUAAGAAACCAGAUUUCCUUGUCGUCUGUGAUUGAUUUAUAAAAAAAUCAAAUUGUAUUUUGUCUGCAAAUAUUUAGAAGGGUACCUGGCAAAGAUUAUAGCUAAUCAUUUAUUCAUCAACGAAAAGAUGUGACAAAACUUAUUUUGAAUCCAUGUCAGAACGUUGACAGUAGUAGUUAGCCCUGUAUGUGGCUGCUGUUUUGUUUUUUGUCCACCUUGGCAGCGAAAGAGUUUCUUCAACAUUUGUAUUCACUGAACCGAAUACAUUACUUUGCACUUCUUUAAGAUUUUUCCCGGCAAACGUGUUUUAAGCAAACAUUGCUUUGUUAUUCACAAAAUAAUAAAUAGACCAUACUGCUUUUAGAAACCUGAAUUGCAAUGGCAUGUACCGUACAACUUCAUUAAAUCUGAAAUUUCCCUGUGACAU